AAUCGACCGCAUAUAAAUUCUUUCGCUACCCCAAUCCCCCUCCUCUCUUGCAGCCGCCGCCGCUCCCAGCCCGUUCUCCCCUCCUUGCCGCCGCCGCCGCCUCCUCACCUCCUCCGCGCAGCGGUCCCGAGCCCUUCCGUCAACAUGGGGAAGACACGUGGUAUGGGAGCUGGCCGUAAGUUGAAGACCCACCGGAGGAACCAGAGGUGGGCCGACAAGGCUUACAAGAAGAGCCAUCUGGGCAAUGAGUGGAAGAAACCCUUCGCAGGGUCAUCUCAUGCCAAGGGCAUUGUUCUGGAGAAGAUUGGUAUUGAGGCCAAGCAACCGAACUCUGCUAUCCGUAAGUGUGCUCGUGUUCAGCUUGUGAAGAAUGGCAAGAAGAUUGCUGCCUUUGUGCCAAAUGAUGGUUGCUUGAACUACAUCGAGGAAAAUGAUGAGGUGUUGAUUGCUGGAUUCGGUCGUAAGGGUCACGCUGUGGGAGAUAUUCCCGGUGUCCGGUUCAAGGUCGUCAAGGUAUCCGGUGUGUCUCUGCUUGCCCUCUUUAAGGAGAAGAAGGAGAAGCCAAGGUCUUAGAUUGCUCUUGCAUCAAUAGCAGCCAAGCAUGGAGUAGGCAGUUUGAAGGCUUCCUUGUUAUGUUUACAGCGCACUGUUGAAGUUAACUUAAUGUUGGUGAAAACUGUUUCUUGUCAGACUUUGCUUCUGUUAAGAGAAUAGUACUCAUGAGUUUUGUUCGCUCA